GUAUACAAACAACAAACACAUGCCUGCGGUCGCAUCAAAUCUUUUUGUGUGUUUCACGCAACCAUGCUCAUGCCUGCUAAGUACAUAUGUGACGAAAUUCUCCGAACAUUGCUUUCUUAUGAGUAAUAAUAUGCUGUGUAAAAUAAUUUUCAAAGGCUCCUGAAACGUUUUUCAGAGUAAAUAAAAUAAAAUAAUUAUAAAAUAUUUAAAAGAACGUAAAGAUUUAUUGAUUAAAGCAUAAAAAAACGAAUACAAAGAUAUGAAUAUCGCGACUUGAGAAAAAUAAUUAAUAAAAGUUAGCAAUGAAGUGUUUUUUCUUUGUUUCGGGAAAUCGGCCAUGAGCGUUCGACACGUCGUUGAUACACUUCGUCGCAGACCACUAUUAUGAUUAAACAAUGAAGAAACUCUCGGUGGUGCUAAGAUGGUCUUAGCAAGUUUUCAUUUUAUUUUUUUAAUUUGUGAUUUGCAAACAUAAUUGGAGGCUACCGACAAUAGUUAAUGCUUUGUUUGCUAUAAAUGUUUUCCCAUAUAAUUGUUUGUUCAAUUGAUGUUACGCUAAAUAUAUGCAUAUACAUUUGCUCAAGUAUAUCUGUUUGUGAUGUGAUUAAUCGAAUCAACCAAACGAUGAGAUGAAGACAACAGCUUGCUUGAUCAAUGAUCCCUAAAAAUGCCAUUGAGCCUGAGCAACGUUAUGAUCAGAGGACCUUAUACUUAUACAAAACUCAGCAGAGAGUCAAAAUAAAAGACAAACACUUGGCAGAUGAACAGAGACACAAUCUCCAUAUAAUAUACAGCCUGAAUAGAAUCAAAGAAUAAUUCGUGAAAUUCGUUCACUAAAAAAAGGUGACGGACAAAAAGGCAAAACGAAAAAUAAAUGGAUCUUGACGAUGAAGCGAUUGAUUGCAGCUUUAAUGAGAAACAAUUAAUUUUAUCACAACGCGAUCUCAAAAUUGUUGGUGCGAAAGUUAUUGAGCACUACGGCAGACAUUGUGAAUAUCUUGACUUGGGUUACAAUCGCCUUAACUGCAUAGAAAAAUGGAUUUAUGACUUCCCUCAAUUAAAAUGUCUUAUACUAGAUGGGAAUUAUUUGCGCGAAGCUCAUUUACAAAAAUUGAAGCAACCAUUAGAUCGGUUGCGCGUUUUAAUGCUAAAUAAAAACGAAUUCAGCGAUUUAAAAUCAACGACUGAUAUCCUAAGCAAAAUAUUCCCUAAUUUGGAGUACUUAAGUCUACACGGCAAUCCAAUAUGUCCGGAUAAUUUAAACCUUAAGCCGUUUAGCGAUUACGUGCCCUACGAAUAUGAACAUUACAAGAACACUUUAAUUGCAGCUUUACCUAAAUUAAAAUUUCUAGAUCAUUCAGCUUUGGCAGUCGAUGAGUCUGCAAUGUCCGUACAUGCAUCGCGGAAUGGGUCGAAUAGCAGCAGCAGCUCAUGGUUAUCAUCUGGUACGUUGUGGUCUAAAUUUAAAAGAUUUCUCAGAUCUAACACAUCUCGUAGUCAUAAUACAAUUGCUAAACUUUCAGCAAAAACAUCUUAUCAAGGCUUGCAGUCGGAGGGCAAUCGAUACAUAACAAAUUCUGAUUUAUAACAAUCGUCCCAUUAAAAUUACAUUUUUGACUAUUAUUAUACCCUACCCCAAAUGUGGAGCAGAGUGUAUGGAUGUAUGCAACACUCCGAAGAAGUGAUGUAGGGUGUUUAGCA